GACGUACCGGAAGUCAUUGCACAUAUUGGCACGUGUGCUUUUUUUGGUACCGCGAAGGUCUCCGUUUUUCCUGAAUAACAUUUAUGAACAUCUCCUCGGAGUAUACCUUAGUUGCGAAUUUCACUGGAAAUACAGCUUUUAUUAAACUUAGUUCUACUUUCAAGCUGGGGCAAAAAUACAUAGAAGAAUCUCUACGCAUUUUACAACCGCCUACGUGAAGUCCCGUUGAAUGCUGUUGUGAUGUCACAAGCCACCAAACGCAAGCACGUGGUGAAGGAAGUGCUAGGCGACUUCAUCACGCCUACAAAGAACCAACAGAUUGUUAGAGUUGUUGGCAGCCCAGGAAAUAACCUCCAUGAGGCAAUUACAGCUCAGGGUGAGCGCUAUCUGGUCAGCAUGCCCACCAAGUUCCGCAAGAACAUCUGGAUAAAGAGAGGAGAUUUUGUGAUUGUGGAUCCUAUUGAGGAAGGGGAGAAGGUGAAGGGAGAGAUCAGUGCUAUACUCUAUAAGGAUCACAUUCGGCACCUGCAGGCAGUGGGUGUUUGGCCAAAGGGCUUCUCCCAGGAUUCUGCUGCGGAGGAGAGGAGGGAGGAACAACAGCGAAGAGACAGCAAAGCCGACCAAGAGGAAGACGACGGUGGAGAGACCAGCGGCUCCGAGGAUGAUACUGACCUGUUUGUUAACACAAAUCGCAUGAACUACCAAUAUAGCGAGAGCGAGGAAGAAACUGAUGAGGAAGAGGAGGAGGAAGAAAAUGAGACUGAUGAAAAAGAGGAUGACGAAAGUAGCUCGGACAAAACAAUCUGAGAUUUCUCCUUAUUUAAUGGACUGAUAGAACGUAACGCUCUACAAAGAUAAGGAUCCAAAGUGACGUUCUCAGUAUAUACACCAUUAUCUAAUAUACACCCUGUGAAAUGCUAGAAAUGCAGUGAACAGAAAGAAUGUCGCUCCAAUCACUCGUUUCACUUGGACCAAAAUGGCUCUUGGGUGUGUUCAUGUGAAAGUGCUGGGGUUUAAUUUAUUAAAUGUCUGCCAUUUCAAAAAUAA